GAUUCUUUUCCAUGGGAGACUUCGUUUCAAAUCUGCGAUAUGAAGUUGCCGCAAGAAUUUGGGACAAUGUAGAAACGAUUGAUCUUAUCCCUAUGCAAUUGGAUGUUGCUAAUCAGGGCAAGUCAUACAUUUUCAAUGGCUGGGUCACAGAAUUGAGGAGAUCUUGGCAUGCCGACUCCAACAUAUACUUGCUUCACUUGACAAUUGAAGAUUUCAUCACCGAUCUUGAGGUCGUAUUUCCAUCAGCUUACUUACGGCGAGUCAUGUCUGCUGUUGUUGGUCCUGAUGAGAUGGAAGAUGUGGAGUACAUUCCACUACUCAACAGGAUUGGUGAGUCGCCAUAUAGGGUCUUGGUCACAUUCGGACCUUGGAACAACGUGGAGAAUCGUCUUGAUCUCUUCUUGGUUAAGUUGUUCCCGAUUUUAGAUGACUAAGUAGCGUAGGGUAUUAUUAAUAUAAUCGGAUUAAUGUUAGUAAUGGUCCACCUCGCUCUAAUUUCGAAUUAUCUAACCGCGUAAUGGAUAUGUGAACGCAAAUAUUUUUUGAAAGGUUAUUAUCCUUUUGAGGUGGUCCUUCAUGUAACCAUAUUUUGAGC